AUUCGGCGUAAAAAGAUCUAAAGAAAAAAAUAUUAUUUAGAAAUCCCUGACACAUGUGUCAACGGUAAAACCAACUCCCUUCCGCCGACGGACAGUUACAAUAAUUAUAAUACGGUGGGCUUAUGAGAACGGUUGGUCAGCUUUGCGUUAGCCACGAGCGAUGUUCAGCCAUUCCGGUCAACAGAGAGCAAGGUGACACGUCCCGUGAGUAACGAUAGCAACAAAUUAGGUCCCCAGAAAUAUUAUAUAAGCUUCUUCUGGACAAUGGAAUAAGGUAAUACUGUCAAUACAUUGAAACAGUUAUUUCGUUAAUGAAAGUGGUCCUUUGACCGUUCACAGCCGGUUAGAGCAGUAAAACGCUCGCAAUGUUUUCCGGGGGACCUAAAUAUGUGUCGGACCGGAACCGGAUGUAGCAACGUGAGUUUAGGUUUGAACCGAACUGAACCAAAAGUCAACAUAGCAAACACAAACUCUGAGCGGUUGUUACACGGAAGCGCUUGACAGACGAGGAUGGUGUUAUAGGUCGAAAGCCUGUAUGAGAAACAUAGCGUUGAACAAUAAUCAAGGAUAGUAAACAUCCGCUAAUACUUGCGCCAUGAAUCCAUCCAAUCCGUUUGGAAGUCCACAAGGUGGAGCUUUCCAGGCCCCAAGUAACACAAUGAAGGCUGGUUUAUUCCCAUCAUUUGGACAGCAGAGUUCUAGCAAUCAGCCCCAACCUAUGGGCUUUUUCCAACCAACAGCGUUUGGACAACCUUCUGCCUUAAAUCAGCCCCCGUCUCAAGGAAAUGCCAUCUUUGGACAGACCCCUGCCUUUGGACAGACAUCAACACAGCCUCCCUCGCAGCCAACAAUCAGCCAGGCUCCAGCAUUCGGACAGCAAGCGUUAGGAAUGAGCAGCUCUGGCUUUGGUAGUGGCACCGCACCAGCUUUUGGACAGACUGCCGCACAGAACCAGAGUUCACCUUUUGGACAGACUGCUGCACAGAACCAGAGUUCACCUUUUGGACAGACUGCUGCACAGAACCAGAGUUCAGCAUUUGGACAGACUGCCGCACAGAACCAGACUUCAGCAUUUGGACAGACCGCCACACAGAACCAGAGUUCACCUUUUGGACAGGCCGCCACACAGAACCAGAGUUCACCUUUUGGACAGGCCGCCACACAGAACCAGAGUUCAGCAUUUGGACAGACUGCCGCACAGAACCCUAAUUCAGUCUUCGGACAGACAUCUUCUUUUGGACAGGCGUCUGCUUUUGGGCAGGCUCCAGGAUUUAGCCAACAGCCCUCUGCGUUUGGAAACUCCCAGAUGUCUGGCUCCACCACUACCAUAGGACAACCUCAGCCCCCGGGUUUUGGACAGUCUGUGUUUGGACAACCUUCAUCCACAAGUGUCACCACCAGUGGAUUCGGCACCACUCCGAGUGUGACCCAGAGCCGAGGCUUUGGAUCAUCCAAAUCCACAUUCAAGCCAGCCAAUGAGGCACUUUUCAAACCCAUCUUCAGUUCCAGCCCCGAGCCUGCUAACCCUCAAACAACUGCUAUGACCAGCUCACCUUUUGGCAGCACUGUGUCCCAGACAACCUCCAGCUCCAUGGGGAGCAGCACCCCCGCCUCUGUCUUCUCUACGACGACUGGAGCCCAGCCUGGGCUGCCGGGAUUUAGCUUCUCACAGCCGGCUGCAGCCCCCUCCAUCACUACUCAAAACAAUCCUCUAACAACUGACACUAGCAACGCUCCUUCCAACCCGCUGAAGUUCACCUUCUCCCAGCCAGCCGCGCCCUCCAGCUCCAGCACUACCACAGAGCCCACCACCCCAUCCACUUUCAGCUUUUCAGCCACAUCCCUCCUUCCCCAGGCCGCACCACUUUUUGGAGGGACCAAUUUUGGUCAGCCCCCCGCUUAUAGUGACACCAGAGCUGAGGCAGAGGAAAAGGGGAGCAAUUUAGGAGAAACAAAUGUGUUUGCACGACUUGGCAAAGGCACCAAACGAAAGGAAGAUCUAACGGCCCCCAGCACCGGUCCAGAGAAGCCUGCAACAGGAGAGGAGGGGGAGGAGGAUGUCCAUGGAAGAGAUUCACCGAGGCAGCCUUCAAAGAGGCCCCUCAUGAGGUCCCGCGGCCCACCAGUUGGCUUAUUUGGGAGGGCACUAAACUGUCUUCGUAAAGAUACUACCCACCCUGUGAUGCGAGAGGCCACAAAGGAGACAGAGAGCGUCCAAGCUCUGGCUGACGAACGUGCUGCCUCACCCCCCCCCGCAGUGCAAGCACCAGCCAGAGAUGAGCUGGAAACAGCUGAGGAGUCAGACUCACCCAAAGCCCCAGACUCGGCCCCCAGUGGCGUCACCACCCCUGUGAGACGCGGCUCCCGCAGGGAUAGCACAGAGAGCCUGGGGGGCAUGUCCCCCACCGACUGCACCGUCCUGCAGUGCAGGAACAUUCCUCCUGCCCUCAACAAGAAGGAAGUGAUCGAGAAGCACUUUGGUCGUUUCGGGAAAGUCCGGAAGGUUUACUGCCGACCCGGCAAGAAUCUGGCCAUCGUUCACUUUGAUGAUCAUGCAUCAGCAGCAAAGGCAAAGAAGAAAGGCAAACUCCUGCACAGACAUGAACUCCUCCUCUUGUGGCAGAGAAAGAAGCAGAGUCCAGGGGACAAAGGGAGCAGAGCUACAGCAGAGAGAGGGGAGGCAGAGGGGGGGAGUCAGGAGGACAUGGAGUCCAAAGAUGUUUCCUCCCCCCUCAGGAAGGGUGCUCACAGAGGUCCUGCACUCAGCAGCCUCAUGUCCUUCAGCCGCAGUUCUCCUGUGAAGAAGUCGUCAUUAGCCAAAGCUCUGCAGUUUGACACUGAGCCGCAGAAAGAGAGCAGCUCAGAGGCCCCGGGGUCUGAGCGCCCCGUCCCCUCCUCCCUCCUCCACCUCAUGGGACAGCUGGCUCCCACCGCUGAGGACAAGUUCCGCCUGCUGGAGCAGCGAGACAAGAUCCUGCGCCAAGGUCGACCUCGGAGGACGGACCUGGUCCUCUCCAAGGUGUUUGUGGGGACGUGUCCCGACAUGUGUCCGGAGAAGGAGAGGUACAUGAGGGAAACACGGAAACAGCUGAGCGUGUUCGAGGUCUUCCCAGAAACUGAGAUGGCUCAGAGUGCUGCUCCUCUGCAGACCAGGAAGAUUAAAGUAAUCACAUUACUCCGCACCAACAAGACAAACGCUCACCUGCAGGUGCAGUUUGAGGAUGGUUUACAGGAAGUUUACGGAAAGACUGAAGUCCUUUCUGAGGGAAUGGGCUUCAAAAGCGUGGAGGAAUUCAACAAAGGCUUUUUCCACAUGCUGCCUCUCACUGUGACGGCUCACAUGCAAGGAAAGAGGAUCCUGGAGAUGAGAAUGAUCUGA